GAUGAUCACGAAGAGUUACGAAAAACUCCUGACCAUAAAAUAUAUUCAGAUUCCUUCGUUCCCCCAACCAGAAGAAGUGAAAGUGACGCUAAAGAAACUGACAGUGAUGAUUUUAGCCCGGAUAAGCGAAACCCCAAGAAUUUUACGUUUGAUGAAUUUGUAGAUGGGAAUGAUGAAUAUGUGGAUGAUAAUCAAGAAAUUGCGCUUGAUGAAAAUGAUGAUGGCAAUCCC